CUCGUAGUCCCUGAGAGCUCUGGCCGCUGACCGGUGAGAAGUGAGGAAGAGGAGGCCAGGCAGGCGGCCCCAGGCGGUACCAUGUUCCGCAAGAAGAAGAAGAAACGCCCUGAGAUUUCAGCCCCACAGAACUUCCAGCACCGCGUCCACACCUCCUUCGACCCCAAAGAAGGGAAGUUCGUGGGCCUCCCCCCACAAUGGCAAAACAUCCUGGAUACCCUGCGGCGACCCAAGCCUGUGGUGGACCCUUCGCGCAUCACGCGGGUGCAGCUGCAGCCCAUGAAGACAGUGGUGCGGGGCAGCUCCGUGCCCACCGACGGCUACAUCUUGGGGCUGCUCAGCGACAUCCAGAAGCUGUCCGUCAUCAGCUCCAACACCCUGCGCGGCCGCAGCCCGACCAGCCGGCGGCGGGCCCAGUCCCUGGGGCUGCUGGGCGACGAGCACUGGGCCGCGGACCCGGACAUGUACCUGCAGAGCCCCCAAUCGGAGCGCCCCGACCCCCACGGCCUCUACCUCAGCUGCAACGGGGGCACCCCCGCCGGCCGCCAGCAGAUGCCGUGGCCUGAGCCGCGGAGCCCAAGGGUCCAGACCAACGGGCUGGCGGCCAAAGCGCAGUCCUUGGGCCCCGCGGAGUUCCAGGGGACCGCGCAGCGCUGCCUGCAGCUGGGCGCCUGCCUGCAGAGCUCCCCGCCGGCCGCCUCGCCCCUCGCGGCCGCCGGCAGGCGUGGGACCAAGACUGCCCGGCCCGGCUCAGAGGAGCCCCGGCCACAGUCCUGCCUGGUGGGCUCGGCGGCGGGCAGGCCCGGCGGGGAGGGCAGCCCCAGCCCCAAGAGCCAGGAGAGCAGCCUCAAGCGGCGGCUGUUCCGCAGCAUGUUCCUGUUCACGCCCGGCCCGGCCCCUCCGGGCAGCGGCAAGCCGGGGCCAGCGGCACCGAGCAAGCCCAAUGUCUCUUUCCAGCCGCCACAGAAAGACUCACCCGCGGGCCAGGUGGCCAAGGCCCAGUCUCUGCCCUCAGAGCAGCCUGUGGGGAACGUUAGCCCCCUGCCGACCUCAGACACCAGCAGCCCCCACAUAUCCCUCCACACGGCCCCUGCCGCUGGCCCGCCUCCAGGCCGGUCCUCCCCUGCGGGCUCUCCCCGCACCCGGCACGCCCAGAUCAGCACCAGCAACCUGUACCUGCCCCAGGACGCCUCGGGCGCCCAGGGUGCACUGGCCAGCGAGGACACCGGCGUGGUGACCCAUGAGCAGUUCAAGGCUGCGCUCAGGAUGGUGGUGGACCAGGGGGACCCUCGGCGCCUGCUGGACAGCUACGUGAAGAUCGGCGAGGGCUCCACGGGCAUUGUCUGCCUGGCGCGGGAGAGGCACUCAGGCCGCCAGGUGGCGGUCAAGAUGAUGGACCUCAGGAAGCAGCAGCGCCGGGAGCUGCUCUUCAACGAGGUGGUGAUCAUGCGGGACUACCAACACGUCAACGUGGUGGAGAUGUACAAGAGUUAUCUGGUGGGCGAGGAGCUAUGGGUGCUCAUGGAGUUCCUGCAAGGCGGGGCCCUCACGGACAUCGUCUCCCAAGUCAGGCUGAACGAGGAGCAGAUUGCCACUGUGUGUGAGGCUGUGCUGCAGGCCCUGGCCUACCUGCACGCCCAGGGCGUUAUCCACCGAGACAUCAAGAGCGACUCCAUCCUGCUCACCCUCGAUGGCAGGGUGAAGCUCUCAGACUUCGGGUUCUGUGCCCAGAUCAGCAAAGACAUCCCCAAGAGGAAGUCCCUGGUGGGCACCCCCUACUGGAUGGCUCCUGAAGUGAUCUCCAGGUCUCUGUAUGCUACUGAGGUGGACAUCUGGUCCCUGGGCAUCAUGGUGAUUGAGAUGGUGGACGGAGAGCCUCCCUACUUCAGCGACUCCCCAGUGCAGGCCAUGAAGAGGCUCCGGGACAGCCCCCCACCCAGGCUGAAAAACUCUCACAAGGUCUCCCCAGUGCUGCGAGACUUCCUGGAGCGGAUGCUGGUGCGGGACCCCCAGGAGAGAGCCAUGGCCCAGGAGCUCCUGGACCAUCCCUUCCUGCUGCAGACUGGGCUGCCGGAGUGUCUGGUGCCCCUGAUCCACCUGUACCGCAAGCAGACCGCCACCUGCUGAGCCCACCUCAGAGUGCCCCAGACCCUGGGUGGCCAACCAGCCCGCAAGGCCCACCUCCCUUGUCUUCUCAGUAUUCUCUCCAAAGAUUGAAUGUGAACCCCCAGCCCCAUCCUCCUGCCCCUCAGCCCACCGGGCCAGGCCGGACCUGCCCCCCCCAGAGUCUCUCCCUGUGCGGAGAGGCUCCAGUUGCCUUUGGGGUGACAGCAACCCCCCUGCAGGAUGACCCUUGUUAUUUGCACAAGGACAUUUCUAAGACACACAGACCAUUGCUCCCGGCCACUGGAGCCACAGCAGCCCGAAGCGCUGCGGGGCAGUUAUACCCUAGCCUCCCAGGCCACCUGGCGGGCAGACUGCCUGCUGUCACACGGACACCUGCUGUUCUCAGCUCCAACUCCAGAUCUUAGGGUCUCUGGAGGGCCACAGGGAACAUUUGUAUUGCCCGAAUCCUUCUCCUUCCCUUGCGUGUGACUUCCUGAAGGCGCCGUCCCACUGGAAGCCACUCCCUGUCACUGACAUAUACUCACCCGGCUCAGGCUGAGAACUGUGAAUAGGCCAUGGGAGGGAAGGGCGCCUUUUUGGAGUGAAAAAAAGAAUGGAGUUGGUGGUAAAGAUGGUCUCGUGUGUGUAUGUGUGUGUGAUGUGUUAGGGGAGAAAGUCCCUUCAGAUCACUCACAGCCAGCUCCAGCAAGGCUCUCCCCUCGCCUCUCCCACUCAGGUCUACUCAGAAGGGAUCUGCUCCUUGGCCUGGCUGCCCACCACGUAAAUCCCCGUGUUUCCGCCUGACCAAGGAGUGAGGCUGGAUUGAGUCCAGCCGCGUGGGGUCUUGGGAGGUUUCUGAGUGGCUCCCAGCAUUGUCCCCAAGUGGCUCCCACACUGUAGUCUGAGGGAAAGGGAACUCUGUCGUCACAGUGCACCGCACCUCCACAACCGGGUCAUCAGGGGCCCAUUCUUCCCUUCAGAAUCCUGUUCUAGGGAACCACCUUUUCGGGGGAUUCCAUCAUGUCAAGAGGAUAAGCACCCCAUCUGUCACACCACCCACCCCUAGCUGCCUCCUCAGGCACCUGUCUCCUCACCCCACGCCUUCCCCACUGUCGGUGUAGCUGUGAGACAGGAAAUUCCUGGGAAGAACUUCAGGUGUCCUGACCCUAUCUAGAUACUAUUUUUAGAUUCCUCUGCUCCCUGGUGGCCUGCUUUGGAGCAAAACGUUGCAAGGACUUUUUUUAGGGGUCAGCAUUUUCAAAACAAAAGCAUCUUCCCUAGAAACUUUUGUGAAUUGUUUGCACUUGUGCCUGUUUUAAAUUAAACUGAGUGUUCAAAACC